AGGAAAAUGGAACACAAGCAGACAAUCUUGCUUGCACCUGCGUUAAGCAACAGCAGCUGCUGGCGAAGAGACACGUCCGAAGCUGUUUGGACUGGUCCAGGAGCUGGAGAAUUGUUUCGCGCCACACUAAUCCUUCUACUCAGCCUUGGUAUUCUUUGUGCGAAUUUGCUAGUGAUAUGCGUCCUCAAUAGCAGACGAUACAGCAAAUAUAUACACGCACAGCCAAGGUAUUUGCUGACGAGUUUGGCGAGCAAUAACCUCGCCAUUGGUCUCCUGGUUACACCAUUCGGCUUUCUCCCUGCUGUUUACGGGUGUUGGCCUUACGGUGAAGUCGUCUGUCAAAUACAGGCACUUCUUAGAGGAGCUUUAACUCAACAAAGUGCCGUUAUCCUCGUCUGCAUGGCAAUUGAUCGUUACGUUUGUAUGUUGCAUCCACAUCAUUAUCACAAGCACGUAUCUAAAAAGUAUUACAUGCGGCAGGGUUGCGUGGCAGUGAUGUCAACUACUUGGAUAGCAAGUGUGGCGAUUUUUGGUGCUCUCGUGCUUCCAAGAGGUGGUUACUACUUCAACAGUUCUGGUCUACUCGCCUGUGAUCCUUUCUUCGCCAGGGCUUCGCUUAGAAUUCUUGCGUGCUGUUGUUUUUAUUUUCCUACAACGAUGGUGCUGAUGUACUGCUACGGUUCAGCUUUUCACGUUAAUAAAUUGCGCUUGAAGAGGGUGGUUUGCGUUAACACACCGGAAGUCGUUAGUGGAGGCCAUAUGGAGAGGCUAGUAGCCCAGGAGAGACGACUAUCAACUUCUGCCUCGCGAACAAUGGCCGCAAUGAGUUUAGGAUUCAUUGUUAUGGUCACACCAUGGACGAUUCAAGAAGUCGUCGCAGCUUGUACCGGAAGCAAACCACCACCAUUCCUCGACUUCCUUGCCACAUGGCUCGCGCUUUCCAACAGCUUCUGGAAUCCGUUCCUCUACUGGCUGCUCAACACUAAUUUUCGCCGUAUUUCAAAGGAGCUUCUUUACACAAAGAUACUUUGUAGACCAAAACCCUUAGGACCGAAACAGCACUGUUGCGCGACAAGCACCGGUGGUCUUGAUGUCUGCAGCGUAGGAGGAGUCGACUUAUCAGGUUUAGAACGUUGCUCAAUAGAUCGAUGUUCAAUAGCUCGGUGUUCUUCUUCGUCAUUAGCUAACACACCGCCACCACUUCCUUGGGAAACUGGACAUGCAGUGCACAAUGACACUGCGACAACGUGA